AUGGAGUUCACUGGAAGCAGUUACAAAGGAGGUAUGAAAGAUGGCAGGAUGCAUGGAGAAGGAGAGUACACCUUCGCCAAUGCCACUAAGUAUGUUGGAGAAAUGAAAGAUGGGAUGUUUCAUGGCAAAGGAGAGAUGAUCUUUGUAAGUGGAAGCAAGUAUGAAGCCACGUGGGAAAACGGCAUAGCUAAACAGGGCUCACUUACCUUUGCUGAUGGUCUUAAGUACGAGGAGAACAACUGGGAUUACUGCACUGUUAAUGACCGGCGUUUCUACAGCGAAAGGUGCAACGGAUUCAGACCAGCAGGAGAAUCUCAGUUGUCUAACAUACAUCCACCACCAGCCAUUCCUGUUGGGUGUUAUGAUUGUGCAGAUGGUUUUUAUGACCCCAAGACCAGAGUCAUCACUUCUUACUCUGGGACGUACCUCAGGCGUGCAGAUAACUCUGAGCAUGAGUGGAUUGUGACGACCUGCAGGAAAGGAUAAGUUGUUGGUGUUAAUCCUGCAACC